CUUCAUUUAAAUUACUUUUUCAAUUGUCAAAUGCUUCUCAAACUAUUUCUUUUGGCAGCAUUUGCUGGGUUGGCCUAUGCCGCUUGCCCGGACAGUAAUGACAAGGAAAUCAGAGGAUUCUGUUUCAAGUUUGUUGUUCAAAAGAUGGCAUACAAUGAUGCUCGUAAUUGGUGUCACUACCAGAAUCCUGUCGGCCCUUCCUAUUUGGCUGUUGUAGGGAAUAAGGAGACUAACAAUAAUUUGGCAGUCUACGCUCGUUCUGCAUUCGGCGCUUCUGCUGAAUACUUCUGGAUUGGCCUCAGUAGAAAUGGAUCUUCGGGAGCCUUGACCUGGGAUAACGGAUUUCCAGUGAUUUAUACCAAUUUCGGAAGCCAUGUUGGAAACAACUACUUCACCGAGAAAAUCUCCAAUUCAAAAUGGGACACACCAGGAGAUAGCGAGAAGAAUUACUUUGUGUGUAGCUACGAUCCGACUGUUCAACCAGUGACACCAAAGGCUACGACGCCUACAACUACCACAGCAGCCAAUGUCAACUGCCCACUUGGUGGCCAGCAAACUGUCUUGUUUGCCUAUUCGAACGACUUAGUGCCAAGUGUUGUGUUGAACACAUUCAGCAGUUCAUAUUUGAACUCUCAACCCGUAACAAUUGCGAUUUCAAGAUUCGAUACACGCCAGCCACAAAGCAUGAUGUAUUUCAAUGAUUACAACCAAGCCUACUCAUACUUGUCUACUAAUCUACCAGAUUCUACAUUGGGAUUCGGAGACAGUACGGCAGGAAGUAAUGUGUUGGAUGUUAUUAAUAACUUCUACAGCAGUCCCUCCGCUUGUGGAUCAGUUGUCAUGGUUUUGGCGAAACGUUAUCCUAACACCACGGAUAUCUCGAACACAGUGGCUAAAGUUCGUCAAUACCAUGGAAUAGUCAACUUCCUUGCUUCAAAUACUCCAUCAGGUGGCACACAGUCUCGAGUGCUCUUUGAUCUUGCCUCCAAAACGAAUGGAAUCUACUCGAUCGACGAUGACUCAACUUUCUCGCAUUUCAUUGGAUGGAUGCCACUACGCGAAAGAUAUCCGAUUUAUGCCGUCAAUCCAAAAGUAUCAGGACAAGGAUCUCAGACACUUUCUCCAAUGUCCGUGCCACGAUAUGCUCAGUAUUUAAUGAUGGUGACAGUUCAAAGCCAUGUGCCAGUUAGCAAUGUUCAAUCGGCCACCCUUGGAUGGCACAACCAAUCUUCCAGCUACUCGGGCAUUUUUGGAAUGCAACCAGCGGGCUGGGAAUAUAUCAAUAGUAAUGACGAUGGAACUCGUGAAAAUAUAGACGCGAACGUCUUCAACAUGACCAUCGAUUAUGUUUACACCAACACUGAUGUCGAAACCAUGCAAAUCAGAUUCUACAGCCCAUACGCCACAACCUAUUGGUUGCCGUAUUCUGAUUAAGGACAUUGUAAGGACAAGGAUUUUUUGAAUUCACAAUGAAUUUAUAUUUAUAUUUCUUAUCUAGCAUGGAUUUAAUGAAUGUUAUAGAACAG